AUGGUGGUGAAAAGAUCGACGAUCGUACCGGACCCAUGUCUUUUUGAAGAAGACUCUGCCGCAGGGUCGGUCACCUUAGCCGUCGUCGAGGACUCCCGAAACCUCGUCCAUCUCAGAUUCGCAGCCCCUGCUCCUUUGCCGGACCCGGACUCGCCACAGCCCCUCUUGUGUCCGGCCGUCCUUGUAGACAGGCCAUCUUAA